AUGACGGGCGCCAUCACUAUCAGGGUCCCUGGAGACAGGGACAGGAGAAAGGCGGAACUUCGAGUGACCGGGAUAGAUAUUUCGGUCAAGAAGGAGGAACUGCGGCAAGCACUGGCCUCGGCGGCAGAAUGUGGCUGCGCGGAGGUGCAUGUCGGUGAGAUCGGCGCCACCAGAGGCGGCAUCGGGUCGGCGUGGAUCAUGUGCCCGGUGGCGGGAGUCCGAAAACUAGCCCAGGCAGGGAAAAUAGCCCUGGGCUGGUCAACCGCGAGGAUCAGAGCCAUCCCGGAGCGGCCCCUGCAGUGCUUCAGGUGCCUGGAGCUGGAGGACGUACGCGCAACAUGCGUGUCCAGCGAGGAUCGAGGGCACCUGUGUUACAGGUGCGGCGGAAGCGGACAUCGCGCCAGAGGCUGUCCCGCCUCCGCUCCCAAGUGCCCCCUGUGCGAGUUGCUCGGGGCGCCCGCCAAGCACAGGAUGAUCGGAGCGGCCUGCGCCCCCCCCCCGAAAGUCAAGAGGAGGAGACCCAUCCGCGUGCCAGUUGCGGAAAGGACCCCAGGGAGUACCGCCAAAGCAGCAGCGGCAGAUCGUCGGGACGAGGCCAUGGAGGUGACCGAGUAG